AUGCCGCCGCCACCGCCGCCUCCCCCAGAACUCGCCUCCCAAACCUGUGUCUGGCGCCUUAAAGAGCCCCUCACAAUCAUAUCCUGCGACAACCUCACCGACACCGCCCAACCGCUCCGCAUCGCCCCAUUACAGAUCUUCAUCCUCCUACACCCCGAGUCCUCUUCCACGCCCGUCUGGUUCGGCUAUGCCGAAACACACACAUUCACCACGUCGCUCUUUCCCGCCGUCGAAGGCGUUUCUCGAGAUGCCACGAGCGUCGUCGGCAAGGCGGCGUAUCUGGGUGAGUGGACCGGGGAAAGGAGGUGCGAGGUUACGUUUUCGAGGGAGGUGGUGAGGGUGGGGGAGGAGGUGGGGGCGGUGGGGAGCGUGGGUGGGAGCGGGAGGACGGCGUAUGUGGAGAUGAGGGACGAGUGGGUUGAGGGUGGGGGAUUGGAGGGGGGGGAGUGGGUUGUGGAUUGGUAG